AUGGAUUGGAAGCACAUAUGGGAUACAUGGCAUCUUCGGGGCUUAAUCAUCUUCAGUCUUUUGUUACAGACAUCAUUAAUUUUUAUUGCUCCAUUUCGAAAACGAACAUCAAGCAAGUGGAUAAUUACAUUGCUGUGGUUAUUCUACUUGUUUGCGGAUUUGGUGUCUACCUUUGCCCUUGGCCUCAUCACGAAAGGCCAAGGAAAUCGUGGUUGCCUCUCUGGCAAAGAAGACAAUGAUGAGACUGCUGUUGAAAAACACCUGCUUGUCUUCUGGGCACCGUUUCUUUUGCUACAUCUUGGCGGUCCAGACACCAUUACGGCAUUUGCAUUGGAGGAUAAUGAGCUUUGGCUCCGUCAUGCUUUUGGUCUUGCGUUCCAGUUUGUUGCAACAAUUAUUGUCUUUGUUCGGUCGUUCCCAAAUGGCAAGAUAUGGGUUCCCACAGUUUUAAUGAUCAUGAAUGGGACCAUCAAAUAUUCUGAAAGAACAGUUGCAUUUUAUCUUGCAAGUAAGAAGAAAUUCAAAAGUUCAAUGCUUGCAAAUGUAGAUCCAGGAAUGAACUAUGUCGGACUGAUGGAAGACAACCAUUCAAUAGAAGAGGUGCAACUGAACAACACAAUUACAGAAAGGUAUUUGACAAACACAGAGGUACUCCAUUAUGCUAAUGAAUACUUCAAAAUGUUCAAAGGGCUGGUGGUUGAUCUAGUUUUUACCCGGACUACAACCAACGCAAGCCAGAAAUUCUUCCAAAGUCUAACAGGAAAAGAUGCUUUCAAAGUGGUUGAGGUUGAGCUGAACCUUUUCUAUGAAGCUCUCUUCACAAAGCUUCCUGUGGUACUCUAUGGCUAUUAUGGACUCAUUACGCGAGUUGUUUCCGUUGUGAUGGUAAUAAUAGCCAUCAUAUUAUUCGAUAUGAACAAAUCAAAAUUAAGCAAGACUGAUGUUACGAUUACUUACAGUUUACUUUAUGGUGCAAUGGCUUUGGAUAUUGCUGCUCUGUUGAUGCUCCUUAAUUCAAACAAGACCAUCAUUUCUCUUUAUAAGCUGUCUAUGCCUGGAAACAAGUGUACAACAACACGAAAUGUUAGUGCAUUUCUCAUCAGGAAGAUCAAUGGUAACCAUAGAAACCCAAACAUUGAAGCCCAAACCGAAACGAGUAAGCUCCACAGAGGUGGAUGGCUAUUCAUGUUGCUAAAACGAAGAUGGUCUAACUCCAUUCCAGCAUACAACCUUAUCCAUUACUGUCUACACCCACGCUGGAGACUGAUGCAAUUCAUUUACGAAAAACUGGGGGUUUGUGACUUUAUGGACAGCUUUAAGUAUGUGAAACCUAAAAGGUUCACCAUGGAACUGGGAGACUUCAUCUUCAAGGAACUAAAGAAAAAAUCAAGACUUGCAGUUGACUUGGAGACAGCUAUGGAAAUAAGUUCAUCGCGAGGUGAUAGGGUGCUUCGUUUUGAAGAAGGUUGGCGCGACUUACUCCCAUAUACCAUAGAUGGAGACUUUGGUCAACGUAUCCUUUUGUGGCACAUUGCCACAGAUCUAUGCUAUAGUAAAGAUCUAGAUGACGAGGUCAAGUCCAAGAGGCAUGUUUACACGAACAUGGAUUAUAGAGAGAUUGCAAAGCUAUUAUCAGAUUACAUGAUGUAUCUUCUUAUUAUGAAACCAAGUAUGAUGACAACCGUAACAAGUAUUGUGCAAAUCCAGUUCUGGGAUUUGUGUGCUAAUGCAAAAAGCUUUUUCAAGAAUGAAAGAUCUCAUAACGUACAAAAACAAAUGCAAGGAUCCAGGAAUGCUGAUGUUGAUUGGGAGAAUGUAAACGCUUGUAUGAAGAUAUUUGAUCAGAAUGAAAAAAGGGUUACGGAUAUGAGAGGUGAUGUGACCAAUACGUUGUUAGUCUACAGCUUUCUUUUGGCGAAAGAGGUGAUGAAGAUAGAGGAAGACAUGAGUUUGGAUAAAUGGUUGAUGAUAAGCCAGGUUUGGGUUGAGUUGUUGUGUUAUGGUGCAAGUCAUUCGCAUGCAAAGAUGCAAGCGGCACAACUGAGCCAAGGCGGAGAUCUCAUUACCAUCGUUUGGUUGUUAAUGGCUCAUUUUGGUUUAGGUGAGCAAUUCCAAAUUGACGAACAUCAAGAAAGAGCAAGACGCUUUGUGGACUAG